AUGACUUGUGGCAUAGAAUGUAUCGACAAAUGGCUGACGAAAGCAUUUUACAGACUCGGCCUAGUGGUCGCCAAACAUCCCGGGUACUUUCUUUUGGUGCCCGUAUUUUUGACAGCCAUUUGCAUCACCGGAUUCCAGAGAGUAAAAUUCGAAAUCGAUCCAGAAUAUCUGUUCAGUCCCGAACAAGGACCUGGCAAGACUGAGCGAGCGAUUGUUGAAAGCUACUUUAAGAUGAACUAUUCGUCACUUUUCAAUCCGACACGGAUCACCAGACCAGGUCGAUUUGGUCGAGUAAUUGUUAUACCUAAACAAAGCGACACUAUGUUAUCAGUUGAGAUAUGGAAAGAGCUACGAAUACUCGACGACAUCAUCAGAAAUGCGUCGAUCACUUGGGGUCCAGAAAACAUUGCGUAUAAGUACGACGAUAUAUGUGCUCGGUGGAUAGACCAGUGUUUUCCAAAUGACAUCUUAAAUCUAGACUACGUGAUGAACGACGUGGUCAAUGGUAGCUUGAAGCUGACGUUCCCUAUCAUGUUCAAUCCAGUUACGUGGGAUGCACACACGUUUCCUGUUUACUUCGGAGGUACUGAAACGGACGAGGACGGGUUGAUUACAAGAGUACCGGCGUUACAACUAGUUUACUUCAUUACAGCCGAUACUAAAGCACAAGAUGAAAGGUAA